GAAAGGUGGGAGGCGAGUGACGUCAUCCUUCGAAGCCGAGCGACAGCAGGAGAACUGAGGGCCACGACGACGCAGCCCUCCCCUCUGGCCUUAUGAAGCGGAAGCGUCAGCUCAUCUCGGAUACUUUCAAGGCCAAGAAGCAACGUCUGGAUCUUGGAUCGGAGCCCUCAGAACAGGAGGGCCCUGGGGCCGUCGACGCAGCUCUCCAGUACUUGGCGUCUCUCUUCCCUCGCAAAUUAUUUGAGGAUUCCUUGCCGCCCCUGAUUCUGAGACACCAGAUCUACAGUCUCGUCAAAGACCGCACAACUGUGGACAGGCACCUGAGCCUGCUGAAAGAUGAGGGCCAGAUCCGGAUGUUCCAGCACGGCUUUGAUGCGGACACGUUGGUGGUGGCGUUCACGGACAGUUAUAAAUCAAAGGUUCUAGAGUUUGUGUCUGGAAAGGAGUUUGCCAGGACGGUGCAGAAGUUCCUGGAUUCUGUCCUCACCUCCUGUCCUGACAUCAGUUUUGACAAAAGACGGAUGCUGCGGGAGUUUGGCUUCAGCGACACGGACAUCACCCAGUUGGUGAAUGCUGGUGUCCUGACUGUCCGCGAUGCUGGGAGCUGGUGGCUAGCGGUGCCCGGAGCAGGCCGCUUUGUCAAAUGCUUCAUCAAAGGGAGGAAAGCCGUGCUGGCUAUGAUCCAGAAAGCCAAAUACAAGGAGGUUUUGCUGUCUGAUCUGCAGAACCGUCGAGCCCCAAGUGCCGUGAAACUGGGUCUUCCCUACCACAUACACGACAUCAUUGGAGCCCAGCUGGUUGACUGCUGACAGUCUCUUUCUUCUGAUCCGUAGCGUGCCAACUACCUCCGGCACCCUCCUCCGACUGGCCGAUGAUUAAGUGUGUGCCACAUCACCGUUGAGCGGAGAGUCGUACCUGAGAUGAACUCGCCUCCCUUGGAGCUGACGGAGUUUACCCUCAGGCGCCGGGACUUCUACCUGAGCCACCAGCAUUAGUGGGAACAGAAAGACUUCUUUCCAGCAAAAUAACUUUUUUUUUUUUAACGAACAGUGGUAUGUUUUGCACUUAAUAUGGGUCCUUGUGUGAGAAGAGCACCUUAGCCGGACCUCUCUGGCUGCCGUGUAAUGACUAUGUCAUGCCGUGAGACUGCGAGGAGAGCAUGGAGCUUGUGGCGCAGCCUUUGGCCAUAAUCUGUGGAUUCUGAAGCGGCAUGAGAUGCCUCCCUGUCUAGGGGAACAAGAGCCAAGAUCGAAGAUGCCCCGCGGGCAAUUCAUUCCUGUUUGUGUGGUGUUGAGUGACUAAGAAAAUGCGUUGAAGCUUAAUUAAAAGCAGUUCCUUUCCGUUC